AUGACUAGUUUGGUGACCAACAGCUCGGAGAACGCUUCAGGCCGGGUCAACAUCUUUACUGUCCACACGGAGAAUGAGUUUUACAACAUCCACGUCCCGUCCAAGGCUCUCGUGGACAUGUAUGCAACCCCUCUCAUAUACCUCGUUGGUUUCCCCGGAAAUGUGUUAUCCUUUCUCAUUUGGGUCAAACGGCGCAUGCGCAAGUCUUCCGGAUGUUAUCUUGCCGCUUUGGCAAUGGCGGACUUGCUAUUCCUCAGCUUGCACAUCGUCUUCGAGCUAAAUAACGUUUGGAAUCAUCCACUUCUCGAUAUGCCAGUUGUAUGUGAACUCUUCCCAGUUAUAUUUCUGGGCAGCCAGUAUCUCUCACCUCUGCUCGUGCUAGCGUUUACCGUGGAGCGCUAUAUAUCCAUCUGUCAUCCAUUCCAAAGGGAGAAACUCUGCACAACUCGGCGGGCUGUCCGAGUUGUUAUAUCUUUGUAUGUGCUAGCGUUUUCACUUUGCGCAAUCCAAGGGUAUUUCUGGACAUAUAAUUCCGAAACAGAUGCUUGUGAGAUCCGGGACGAGGUAUCGGCCGCCGGCACCAAGUCGCUCUGGUCAAUAUGGACGUGGAUUACAGAAAUGCUUAUCUUUCUCGUAGUGCCUUUAAUGGUCCUGAUUUUAAAUGCUUUUGUCAUCAAGGAGGCUCGCCGCCUCUCAAGAGAGGAAGAGGCACGAUUACAUGGCAAGCAACGCAAGACUUCGGCCACCACCGUCACCCUCUUGGCAGUUUCAUUUUACCUCAUCAUCACAACACUUCCUGUCACUAUCAUGUAUGCCAUUUACUUUUCCUUCGUGCCAGGCAACACGCUGUUAACGGAUCAGGAAAUAUCACGUGACCCGAUUUGGCAGAGUCACCUGACCUACAUGUUCAUUCGCGCAGUGAUUCAAGAAAUUGGCACCACCCAUUAUGCAUGCAAUUUUUUCAUUUAUCUCAUAACCGGGAAAAUGUUCCGAGAAGAACUUAAAGGUCUGCUGAGUAAGUUACUAUGCAAACCUUUGGCAGACAAAACUCUACUGGAGUACCGCAGUCUGAACACGUGCGUGGGUCGCAGUGAGAAAGCCGUCCGGGUGACUAUUAGGAAAGGCGGCGCUGAGAAACAAGAACAGGCGCACUUAUGA